UUGAGUGGCUGCUGGUCCGGCCACCCAGUUGAGGAGGUGUUUGUUUUGGCGUUUGAUUUAUUUUGUGUUUAUUUGUAGGUGCCUUUCGUCGAUUUGGAUGUAGUUGCUGGCGACCCUUGUCUGGUUGGUGUUGGCGUAAGAACUGCAGGUGAGUAUUUGUGUUUUGGCAGUCUGUUUCUCCUUCCUGUUUCUUCUCCUCUUUUGCAGGAUUUGCUGGCGUCCAGCGGCUCAACACUGGGCCAUCCCGCCCUCACAUAAUUGGCAUGAGAGACGGGUGUGACCCAGUGGAGCGGCAACAGACGCCAGCAUCUGCGUCGUCGUUGGAAUGGCAGCUGUUGGUUUGGAGUUGCGUGACGUCAUUGUGUUGGUCGGUGGCAGCGUCAUCAAUAGGGGCCUCAUUUUCCGCCCAUUUGGCAGGAAAUUGAUGAUGUUGGUGGCGAGGCAGCUUCUUGUUGGUCAGCUCUGUCUGGUGAUUGGCAGUGGCUGGCCUCUGGAUCGACGAUUGGGCACAUCAAUAGGCGCCGCCCGAGCGCAUGCUUUCGCGUGCGCUGGCGAUUUGGGCCCUCCACACUUGGCCCAGUCCAUCGAAUGGAUCGUGGUCGGUCCAUUGGUCGUCGUCGCCAUCGUCUAAUUCAGACGCGUCGCAGUCAAUGUCGGACUCUGAAUCCGAUAUGGCUGCUGCUGUAUUGGCGGCGACUGAUGGUAUUGGCAGAGGGGCAGGAACUGCUGCUGCUGUUGGUUGGAGUGGGGGCAUGGCUGUUGUGCCCUUGCCAUUUGCUGCAGCCAAUUUGGUGAGCUGCUCUGUCAUCUGGUCGAUCCUCCUUUCCAUCUCUUUUAUUUGCUGUUCGUAUAAUUGCAGAUUUUGGGCGCAGCUGCCAUCACACUGG